ACCCGGAGCUCAACACCGCCUCACUGCUGUUGGUGGGUGUUGAUGGCAUUCCUCAGGACCAGCUGACCGAGGCCAUACUGGAAGAAAGCAAGUCCUUUACCGUCAAUGUCCGCCUGGCGAAAAAACUGCCUUUACCGACAGAGAACGAGGAAUCCCGGCCACGGAUAGACCUCAUUGUUUUCCUGCUGGAUGUCCGCAAUCAGUACAGUAUAGAGAUCACAAAGUCCUCACUGGCUUAUGUCGAUGUGAAUUUCUUUCUUGGGAAAGUUUGCUUCCUAGCCGUUAUAGACAAAUCCAUUAAGCACCAAGUGGUGGAGAUGCAUGCUGUGAAGGAACUGGCUGAUUCUUACUCAAGCCCUCUGUUUUUCGUUGAACUGGCGUCCCCAGAGAGAAGAACUGGGAUCGCCCAGAGGCUCCUGCGGAUGCUGAAGGUGGCAGCUGGGCUGGUACCUGGGGUGUCAGCGCUCGCUCUCAGCUCCUUGCUGAGACCCUCAUUCAAGACCCAAGCCAAGAGAUGCUGAGGAAACCUGCUGUCGGUGGUACAGCAUCUUCAACUUGGUUUAGCGUCGACCCGAAAAUGGGCUGGAUUCAUUUGGAACUGUCGCCAUUUUCACGAGUGUGUACUGUUUGUGUUGAUGAGGGUUCAAUGGCAUAAUAUUCCCUCCUCUCCCCCCCCCUUACACGGCCUGUGCAAUUGAGAGUGGAACUAAGAGAGUUGUGUAAGAGUGGGCUACGUAUCCCACCUGUGCCAAUGUUGACCUGCGCAGGAGCAAGUCUUGCUUUGUUUUGUCCCUCAGCUCGAUAUAGAAGUGGAGUCCUGUAGCGAAGUGGUCAGAGCGCUCACCUUGCAA